UUGUCCUUAUGUUUGUUUUGGUUCUUCUUGCAGGAUGAUUUCAAAAGAAUAUAUAAUGUACGUAAGAUCAAAAAAAAAUAUGCUGCACUCUAUUCUUCAUACCAAUCACAUCUUGAGUCUGAUGGUGGUCCUCUGAAAGCCUUUACUGAAGAGGGGAUGGAUGUAAAAGCAUUUUCUAUCCUAAGGGAACAUGAUGUUGGUGAGAUGCAACAGCGAUAUCAGAGAUACUUAUCGAUAUUUAAAGAUUAUGGGUACCAAUACGACGACUUCAAGGUUUUUCUUUGGGAUUUGGAUAUUUCCAAGGCCAAGUUGGAUAUUGUUAGUAGCUCACGUGAUAGAGGCCUUGCAUUGGGUGAAAUGCAGAAGUAUGUGCCUUUGAAGGAAGAUUGUAAAGUGCAGCUAACUUUGGAGUUGAGGCGCGCAAGAGGUUACCAUGUUCUUGAUACUUUAUUUGUAGAGGCUUGGAAGUGUGUCAAGUUUGAGGAGUUAGUUAAUUUAGAAAAUUCUAAGCUCUCUGAAUUUGUUCAUACUUUCAAGUGUGGGCUAUUCUUCUUGGCCGAGCUCAAAAUAUCCGCGUUGCAGCGUUUCAGGGCAGUUUACUUUUCCUUUAUCAUAGUGGUGUAUUUGACAUUUUGCAAAUGA